AUGGCGGACACCAAAGAGCAGUCCAAGAGCGCCCUCAAGAAAGCCGAGAAGCAGGCCAAGAUGGCUGCUGAGAAGGCAGCGAAGGCCGCAAAGCAAGCCACUCUCCAUAUCGGCCAGGGAAAGAAAACCGACGAUAUCAUUGGUAUCACCACAAAGAAAACCGAGGACUUCUCCAUGUGGUACCAAGAGGUCGUUCUCAAGUCUGAGAUGAUUGAGUAUUACAAUGAAAUCUCCGGCUUCUUCAUCAUGCGCCCCGCGACCAUGUACAUCUGGAACGUCAUUCGGAAUUGGUUCCAGGAAAGGAUCGAAGAUAUGGGCGUGGAAGAGACCAACUUCCCCAUGUUCCUUUCGUCAAAAUCUCUCGAGAAGGAGAAGGAUCACGUAGAGGGAUUUGCCCCAGAACUUGCCUGGGUCACCAAGGCAGGUGACAAGGAUCUUGAAGUCCCCGUCGCCGUUCGUCCUACCUCCGAAGCCGUCAUGUACCCUUACUAUGCGAAGUGGAUCCGCAGCCAUCGCGACCUCCCCCUCCGCCUGAAUCAAUGGAACUCCGUUGUACGAUGGGAGGCCAAGCAAACCACUCCUUUCCUAAGAGCGAGAGAGUUCCUGUGGCAAGAAGGUCACACUGCACAUCUAACAGAGGAACUUGCGGGUCAGGAAGUGUUGGAGAUUCUGGAGCUUUAUGCCGGUGUCUACGAGCAGCUGCUGGCCGUCCCCGUAGUCCGGGGCAAGAAGACCGAGAAUGAGAAGUUCGCUGGUGGCUACUACACAACAACAGUCGAGGGUUAUAUUCCUUCCAACGGUCGUGGCAUUCAAGGUGCUACAUCACACUGUCUUGGCCAGAACUUCAGCAAGAUGUUCGACAUCACCGUCGAGGAUCCUAACGAGAAGGGCAAGCACAUCAACGUCUGGCAGAACUCAUGGGGUCUCUCCACUCGGGUUAUCGGUGUCAUGGUCAUGAUCCACGGCGACGAUAAGGGUCUCGUCCUUCCUCCUCGUAUUGCCAAGAUUCAGGCAAUCUUCAUCCCCGUGGGAAUCACCGCCAAGGUUUCCCCUGAGGCAAAGGAGAAGCACUAUCAGAAACUAGAUGAACUGAAGUUAAGCCUCAAAAAGGUUGGCGUACGUGUGGAUGCUGACCUGCGAGAUGGUUACACUCCCCCCUGGAAGUUCAACGACUGGGAAUUGAAGGGUGUGCCCCUGCGCUUAGAGUUCGGUCCCAAAGACGCCGAGAAGGAUGUUGUCAGCUACGCUCGUCGCGAUACUGGCGAGAAGGGAACAAUCCCCAUCGCUGAGCUAACCAAACAAGUCCCCGAGCUACUUGAGACGAUCCAGCAGGACUUGUACAACAAGGCCGAUGCGUCUUUCAAAGAGCACCGUCUUGUCAUCACUGAGUGGGACAAGGUUGUGCCCGCGCUGGAUGCGAAGAACGUGGUCCUCAUUCCCCAUUGUCUCUCGAUAGACUGCGAGGAGAAGAUCAAGGAGACGACCAAGAGCAAUGCGGACGACAACCAGGACGUCCCUGAGGGCAAGCGAGCCCCCUCUAUGGGUAUGAAGAGCUUGUGCAUUCCCUUCGAGCAGCCGGACGGUCUCGUCAAGGGCGAAACCAAAUGCCUAAACCCUGACUGUGGUAAGAUGGCGGAGCAGUGGUGCAUGUUUGGACGGAGUUAUUAG